AUGGAGAUGAACCUGGAGGCCCUGCCCACCGAAGCCCAAAAUACAGGAAGGGCCUUGGAGAAAAAAGGACAGUUUGAGCAUCCCCAGAGAGUGAGAGGCAAGAAGCUCUCUAGGAGAGUCUGGCUGGCUGGAGACCUCCCAGAUGCCCUCCCCUGCCCUUGGGAGGAGAGGGACAUUGCCAAGAGGAGGGAGCUGGACCAAUCACAGAAACAGCUGCAGGAGGCCACAGCUACCCAGAGCCCUGGCAAUGGUUGGCAGGGCUUCAUGAAGUGCUUACUAGAGGUGGAAGAGCAGGAGGAAGCCACCCAUCGGAGGACUUUGAAGGGGCAGACCCUGACAGCCCCAAGGUGUCCCAGGACCCUGACUUCCAUGUCCACCUCAGGCCCUGUCAACAACUCAGUUGCAACCUCGCCUCUGACCCUGCUGGAGUACCCUACCCCAGCUGCAGCUUCGGCCCUGCUGUGGACCAGGCUGCCGGCCCCUGGGCCAGCCCUGGCCCCUGUGGGACUCCAAGGCUCAGUCUUGUCAGUCCCUACCCAGGACCUGAGCUGAAGAUGGCCAGAGCCCUUGACCCAGAAUGAGAGAAGCCUGGGCUACACCAAAGCGCGGCCAGAGCCGGAAGAGUGUGGCUUGCUUUUCAAGCUGUAUCAGAACUGGGAGGAGCAGUCUGCAGAGCACCUCACCCUGAAGCAGGAGGAAGGUGACCUUCGCAGUUACUUUGAGAUCUUCAAUGGCCCUGGUGAGGUGGAUGCGAGGAGCCUGAAGAACAUCCUGCUCCUCAUCGGCUUCUCCCUGACACCAGCCCAGGUGGAGGAGGCCCCCAUGAGCGCUGAUGUCAAUGGUGAUGGUCACGUGGACUUCAAAGACUUCCUGGCUGUGAUGACAGAUACCAAGCGCUUCUUCUGCUCUGUGGAACAGAAUGUCCUGAUGGAUAUGUCCCCCCUGAACCCCUACACCUUGCUCUUCGAGAUCCUCUCUUUCCUAGUGGAGAUGCUGGCCUUGUUUGCUGCUGGAGAUGCUUCCCUAGAGGAAAUCACGAACUACUACCAGAAGAAGCUGAAGGAAGGCACCUCCAAGGCCCGAGAGAUAGAAUCAACCAUAGGUGGGCUUCGGUCGAGGAAGAAGCUUUCUUACAACCCUCAGCAAGUAGACAGCUUGGAAGUCCCAGAACGAAGGAUCCUCAGGAUCCUGAGCCGGCUAAAGCAGCAGAACCAUGCUGCCAACCUGCAGAGUCCCUAUGCCCAAGUGCCCUGCAUACCACUCUGCCCAAGACUGGAGAAGAUGGUCCAUUGGAAGCAGGGUAACCAUAUCCACUCUGUGCUGGAUCAGUGUGUCCCUGCUGGCCUGGGCCUUGACCUCCAGAGCCUCUUCCUCCAGUCAGGAGCACAAGGAGGCAGGGAACACAGCUCUGACAGUAGAAAGUGGCUUAGCUCUGUGUCAGCCCGAACCCACUGACCCUCUGGAAUCCUAGCUCCAGGCAGUUCAAGGCCAGAAGACAGCUGGGCCAUUGGGCAGGGUCUGGCUGUUGGGAAUUUGCUUUUAUGGCCUGAUAAGCCAAUAAACACCAAGAACACCAGCCUCUGUCUGUGCCUUAUCCCAAGGAAGGCCUGGACAUUUCACCACCCUAAUCGACUCCCAGAAUGUGAAGCUCCAGCAUGCUCUUCAGGUUUGGGAGUCUCUGAGGCAAGACUCACUAAGCCCUGUGCAGAGGGUUUGGGACUUCCAGCUGCAGCAGCCCUUGGGUCUGAACCUCUGGACUCUCCUCAGAGCCUCCUACCUUGGGUCAUUGGCCCCACAAAGUGCUGAACAGAAACCCAGUACAGGAAAGCCUUUGUCUCUGGAAGCAGCAGACCUCCUGAAAGAACAGAAAGCCCCCAGGGCUGGACAAGCAACCACAACACGAGAUAGGAAGUCAGGGACAGAAAUGAGGACAAAGAGCUGACAAGUUUAAAACAUGUAUUUAAAAUACAAUUUAUAAAAUGCUUAAUCUGCCGACUCAGGAGCCCGCAAUGUGGGGUAAGGUGGGGAGCUGCCUGCUACACCAGCAGAGCAAGACUAGAGGGCGUGGCCCUCCCUCCCAAUCCCUUCUGUUCAGAUGCCCAAGAGUGUACCCCUGGGGUCACAUGACCAGAAACAGAACCCCAGAGGUUUUCUUGAGUCUCUGCUUUCCAGGGAGGCUGGGUGCAGCCCUGCCGGCCCAUCCCUGAGCAGAGCACCCCCAGAUGGGGCAGAGCAGGGUAUGGCAGGGCAGGGCAGGGCUGGGCGGGGCAGGUGGGCUCUAGAAGGGGCUGAUGGCAGCAGAUAGGGUGUUGCCUCCUGCCUGCAGGUGGGGAGCACCCUGAGGGGGCUGAGAAGGGCUGGUCAUCAGGCCCGGACCCCCAGCUCCUUUGGUUAUAGGCUGACAUCAGAGUAGUGGCUCAUGGGACGUGGUUAGCUGAGGCCUGGCUCACGGGGUCCAGGAAGAGCUGGGGAAGGGACAGUACCAUGAAGGCAGGCAAAGGGGCUGCAGCCUCAGGUUCCUGCCCCUCAUCCCCCUGGGGAUUGCCAAGCCAAAGCCUGCAACUUACUUAGAAAAAGGAAAAAAAAAAAAAAAAAAAAA